CUGCCGUGUUCCUAUGUAACGUCGCUAACCAAAUCGACAUCAUACGAGACAAUCCUUUUAAAGAGACAGGCCUCGGUACUUAUUUAUUCCCUCCUGCUAGACUAGUUUCAUUUCUACUCUAAUUUCCAGAAUUCAUCCAAAUACCCGUUCACGUCUACUACUGCUAGUGUCUACAACUUUUUGAUCACAGCUUCAUUAUGGAAACGAUGGCACCUCUUCAUCACGCUCUCCCCCCUCUCGAGGUCUUUUUCAAUGCUGAGGAUUUUCAGAAUCUUGGCAUGACGCCAUGGUUCAGCUACUCGGUCACACUGCCGGAGCGACCCAUUCCCAGCGCUUCGGACCGGCCCCCACUGGAGACUGAGCGUCUUAUUAUCCGACCUCUCUCAAUGAAAGACCUCGAUGCAUUCCAUGAGCUUCGCAAACGCCCUGACAUUCAGAACCACUCAACAGCUCGCGGCCGAGCAACCAAAGACAAGGACGAGACAGAAAGACAACUCCAUUCUCUGGUUCAGGAUGACCAAAGCCACUGGUGGUUUGGCGCCUUUCUUAAAUCGACCAAUGAGCUCAUAGGCGAGGGUGGCCUGCCAGACGUCCUAGCCAUGUCCUCCUCGAUCUCUGGUUGGCCAGAAGCCGAGUUCCUCAUCAAACCAGAAUUCUGCCGCCAGGGAUACGGGACUGAACUCUGGAAGGCGGUCAUGGAUUCAUGGUGGGAUCUGCCCCGUGAGAGACGCCGACACCAACUAGUUCCCGUCGUCGCACCCGGAAAAGAACCCGGCGACAAGAUGGACGAGUGUGUUGUUUUCCAAUGGGAAGCAGGCAACGAAGCCGCCAAGAACUUCUUUGCAAAGGUCCUGUCACAAGCACCCGUUGCUGCACAGGGCGGCUGCGAGAGCAUCGAUACGCGAGACGGAAAGGAGGGCAAUCUCAUCAGGUGGGCUGGUACAAUCAUCUGCAAUCCUAGGCCAAUGUCUGAGGAGGAAGACUCAGAUUAGAUGGAGCAGAAGAAUUUUUUAAAAUGGUCAAAAAACGGUUUCGGGGUAGAUUUUAGACGGGCCAAGGACAUGCUGGGUUUAGGGCGCGUACAGCAAGCGAUAACUCGUUGAAUGAUGGCAUCUUUGCAUAUUAGACGGCAUUUGAUAGCAACUAGGUAAUCUAACCAUUUCAAGUUGCAUACAUAAUAACAAGACUCAUGUUAUAUUGUCUCAUCACUCUCGCACUGCCCA